AAGAAAAAAAAAACAAAAAAGCAUCCACACAUCCAUCAGCCGCCGAAGAGAAGAUGGAGGCGCCGUCGUUAUCGAGCUCAGUAGGCGAAAUUGGUAUGAAGUUGCCGUCGUUAUCGAGAUCAGAAGAGGAAAGUCAGAUGAAAACGCCGCCGUUGUCGAGAUCAGAAGAGGAUCGUGAGAAGGAUGAGCGUGACAGUGCCAAGGUCGUGAAGCAAACGAUAGACGAUGAUCUCUUCAAAGUCCACCGUGGUUUGAAUUAUUCGAUGUCCACUGAUACGUACGCUCCUCGUCUUGCCUUAGUUCCCCUUUAUGCUAAGUUGGGACUUCAUCGUUACAAUUUACUCAAAGGCAAAGACUUGAAGAUCAGUAGCGUAGAGAAAUACACCAAGUCCACUGGUUCUGCUGCUUCCACUUACUGCAUAACCUUUCAGGCCUUGGACCUAAAGGCCAGUUCCAGUUCUGGUUUGCUUCAAUUUAUAACUUUUCGGGCUCGAGUUUGUGAAUUGGAUUAUGGCCAAUUCAUUUUGUUAUGCAGUGUUGCUAUGCCUCUAGGGGAAACCAGAGUUAACGAUGGUGGAUACAAAACAACAAACGUGUUGAAUAACAAGGUUCUCAGACAAUUCAUGCCUGAGUUACCGUCAGAGGAUCCUUUCAACGACGACACAGGCCGAUUUUACGUGCUGAAGGAAUCAGAGGUUCAAGAGAAUGACUGGAUUCGUCUGUAUUUGGAACUUGCAGUUGCCACAUCUUUCAGGAACGAUAUCACACAUGGUAUGACCGAUUUGACGAUUCUGAAAGUGGCUAUGGAGAUUACACGAAACCUGGAGCCCUAUAAUAUGGGACUUGAUGCCUAUGAUGCAAUUUUCUACAUUAGAUACAAGGACAUUUGCAAGGCUCGAGUUGGUAAGGAUGUUCAUCGCGUUGCUAUGGUCAGAAGAAUCUUGAAUGUGCACUCAGGAUAUUUUAGAAUCGUCGGUCAAACUCAGAGCUCACAAACCACAAAACCAUCAAACGCCCUGGAAGCUGGCUCGAUAGUUGACUAAUAAGUUUUUUUUUUUUUUUUUUUGAUCAAAGCUUUUCUCAAUCUCACCUGCUUAACAACAACCUUUUGAUCACAAUCUCAAAACUGUACACAUCCAAAUCAACUUUUCUUUUGCUCUCGUUGAAGAAACACCACCAUUGAUUGAAAGAAGACGACGACGACGACCCAACAACGAAAGUUAAGAGAUCGAUGAGUCUAGGGAUUGAGAAUGAACAUACGUAUUGAUGAUUA